CUGGCCAAACAAGCCAUGGCACACAAGCCCAAGGAAUACCCGACGCUGCUCGCGCACGACGUGGUCUGCAGCGACGCCCACGCCGACCUCCUUCGGCGCAUGCAGCCGUCUGCGCACUUCAAUGCAGACCUCGUCACCGAGAGUCCAAUCGUUCCGUUCACAUACACGCGUCGGUACCUGGUCAUGACGACGAGCGGGCUUCGGACGCACGCGAUCUCCGAAUCCUGCGAGCACCCGCGCAGCCGAUCCCGAAGCGACGCAGCGCUUCGUGUGCCUCUGCGCUUCGUGGACAUGAUCCAGUGCAAGUCGACGGACGGGAAAGGUGUCGAGUGGUACAUGGUGCUGGUGCAAUGGGCCGACAAGUCGAGCGACACGUGGAUGCACGUAGCGGACGUCCGUAACGAGCACCGCAACUUGCUGCAGCAGCUCUACGUGGCGACGAUCAAUUCGUGGCUGCGCGUCGACAAGGUCCUGCCGGCGUCGUGGGAGGCCUAUGCGGCCGAAGACCGCCUCUGGCUCGACGACCCGGUCGUUGCCAACUGGCUGCAAACCGCGCAACCAAUCAAGGUGCAGCCGCCAGACGAGACGCAAGCGACGCUCAAGCGCCCGGCCGCGCCUUACGAUACGAACAGCAAGCGCAUGAAGCCGCCACUUCCCGGCGACACCGAGUCGGAGGACGACUCGAUGGACGAGCACGAGCACGAGCACGAGCAGGCGCCGCCGACCCCUGCCGCCGCCGCCGAUGUGGUCGACGAUGUUGUGUGCACCUUGAGCACGCUCGCCCUCAAGGCCAAGUAUGGUGUUGCACUGGCGUCGCCGCCCACGACGACUGUCGCCUGUCCGUGCGGCCUGGUCACCGACAGCGACGACGGCUACUCGGGGCUUUGGAACGUCUGCGCCAACAUGCACUGCCGUCGUGCGAUGCAUACUGUGUGCACGAGCCCGUCCACGCGUCACUGCGCGCGCUGCGAGCCGCGACCGCGUCGCACGUUUACCGCCGCCCACCUUGUCCUCGCCGCGCAGUCGAACGCAUUGCACUUGCUCCGAGCCGAGAACGUCCUCCUCGAUGGAGCGGUGCUGCAGCAGUGCAUUUUGGCAGCUGCGGACGCCGGCGCAGUCGAUGCGCUUCAGUACCUCCUGACGCGCAGCCCCAAGGCGGAGUGGGGCUCGCUUGUCGACGACAUUGGCCGCAACGCGCUGCACAUUGCGAUUGCGCAGCGCCACUCGCGUGUCGUCGCGCACCUUGUGUCGCAGCAGCCGCUGCUCUUGCUCUCGACAGAUGCAUUUCAACAGUCGUGCAUGGAGCUCUUCUUGCGCGAGAUGCCACGCGACUUUUUGCGGCUCCGCAAGGACCUUAGCGGUGUGCUGCGUAUUCCGGACGAGAAGAACAAUGGCAUUGCGCACGUGUUGUGCCGCGCGCUCCCCGAGACGGAUUUUGCCGCCGUCAUCAACGUGCUGCCGUACGCCACGUUUAGCGAUGUGAACGACGACGGCGAAACACCCGUGAUGCUGGCGUGUCAGCACCCGCGCCUCAAGGCGCAGCACUUGCGCGCGCUGAGUCUCCCGACAGACUGGUGGCGCUCCACCGACAAGAAAGGAUAUGGACCGCUGCACCACUUGCUCAUGGCCGGCCACGGAGACCUGAUCUUGCACAUCGAGCGCUCAGUCGUGCUCGAGGCGUCCGAUAUCUUUACGUGUGCAAUGCAGCACGGCCAAACCAAGGCGGUGGCCAUGCUCCUCGUUCACUUUAACGAGCGCUUGCUCGAGCGCGAAGGCACGAGCCAGCUCUGGCCCAUCUUGUCGGCGCCCACACCGGCGUUUGUGCUGCAGCUGCUCAAGUGCCAUCUGCGCGCCCAGCUGCAGUACGUCCACGACGCGGCCGAGAUGGCGCCGGACGCGGUGCAGCGCCUCGUGGACUGCAUGGCGAGCGACGUGAGCAUCCUAACGUACAUUGGCCAGAGCAUCAUGGUCGAGCGGAGCCUGUUGUCGGCGCCGUUUUUUGUGCGGUACCGGCACUUGCUGCCGUUCGAUGCCAAGCUGCUGCAGCUCGAAGCCGUCUUGACGCUGCCGACGAGCACGGUCGGUGUCACCAUCACGGUCAAGCCCGACGAGUCGUGUUGGACCGCGCUGCUGACUGCGUCCAAGGCCAACUUCAACUGGCGCGAGCCCAUCACGCUGUGCACACCGAGUGACCGCUACGUGUCGUCGGACGAUGCGUUUUGGUCGACGCUCUGGCCGCAGGUGCUAAAUGCGCGGGUGCUCGACGAGCUGCACCCGGCGACCAUGCUCGUGCUGGGGAAGGUCCUCGGGCACCUCGUGUGCAUGCAAAAGUCAUUGCCACCUACGCCGACGAUGUCGAUGGAGCUCUUUCGAUGCCUGGUUCACAAGCCGAACGCGGCGUCGACGGCGUACCUCGCCCACCGCGCGGAUCGGCACGUGCUCGAGACGGGCGCCAGCGCCUUUCGGACGCCGUUUUUCCGGCUCUUGGGCUCGGCGCUCGACGGAUGGACCGCCCCCGAGCUCUACGUGCUGCUGUUUCGCGUGCCGCGGGACGUGGCAGCGUGGCAGGCGACGGUGCGACACCAGCCGGGCGUCGACCCGCAGACGAACGAGACGGUCCAGAUGUGGUGGCACGUGGUAAAUGCCCUGCCGACGCACGCGCUUGGCAUGCUCCAAGUCGUCGUCGGACUCGGUCCGUGGACGCUGGCCAUCAACACGAUCUCGACCACGCUGGGGCCGGGCGAGGUGCAGCUGAGCGCAGAGAUAGCAACGGAAAGCGACCUCAAGAGCGCGUUGACGCUUGCGCUCCGGGCAGCGUAAGCGACGCCGACAAUCGAUUUUGCUUUGGAUAUCCCAAAGGAUUGAGUGACUUGUUGCGCGAGAUACUAGAAGCAAUACAUCGAUCGAUGGAUAGAUGGAUAGUAGAUGGAUAGAU